UCCUAGCAGCCGACCGAUGUGAUAACAAGCGUGAACGGUCUUUGCUUGUGCACCGCAAAAUAUCCUUGUUUGCAGUGUAUUGGUGCUGUAUGUACCUAUACGUACGACGAUCAUAGCAAGUUAACGAGGCAGUCACGCGCCUGAUUGGUACGGGAGGGUGGCGAAUUGCUUCAUACAUGCAUCGUUAGGAAUUUGCGUUGUGAUGUGAUGCUAGCCACAUUAAAAUCUCGGGGCUUCAUAAAUCUUUUAAACGUCCUUCGGAAAGCAUCGAUUAGAACGGUUAUCGGUUUUGGAGCGCCGCUCAGUUCGCUAGCGUCAUUCGGUCUGAAAGCAUCCGUGAUAAACCCGCCCAAUCCGGAGGAGAAAGGGACAGCUUGUUACCAGUGAAGUGAAGCACAUAUGAUUGUGAACGGUUGUGACCCAGUGAUCAUCUCGAGAAACAACUUAAACUCAUCGGUGGUAAAAUGUCUCUGCAUCCGGUUGUUUCCUACAAGGAACCACACAAAUCGCCGACGUCAAUCACUGGGAGUACACCAGGAGCUACCAUUGCGUCUAAAACGCCAUUUUCGAUUGAGGAUAUUCUGUUUCAGAACGGAGCCGGAAAUAAUAACAAUAAUAACAGUAGCAGUACCAAUUUCAACGUAAAGUCUAUCGGAGAUACCAAGCUCCAAGGAGUAUCGCCUGGCUCACAAGUGAUUGAUAGUGGCGGAAGCAAUAGCAGUAGUGCUUCAUUGGACUCCUGCGCGGGAACUCGAAAAGUGCCGCAGUUUAGUAAUAAUAGCAGGACCAUCAACGGUUACAAUAAUAGCAGUAAUUUGGGUGAUAACAACGUGAUAAAUAGUGCUAGCAACAACAAUAUUGGCAAUAGGAAGAAUGUGAACUGUGUGGUUGGCAGCAGUGAAGAGGAUUACAGGAAAACAUUACAAGCGGAAAGGUACAGCAAAAUAUCCCACAACCAUGCGAACGGCAGCGCGUCCGGACCAGCCGGUCCACAUUUCAGCAGCCCCAAUCCGAGUGUCAUCUAUUCGGGCAAUCCGUACGGCGACCCGGGAUACCUACAGAUGGCACUGGGAGCCUACCUUGCACCAUCUGCCAGCGGUUACAAGACAGUCGACCCGUACUUUCUCUCGCAGGCGGGACUAUUUGCCGGCUCUCCUCUGUUUCCCGGUGGUGGCUGCCCGGACAUUGCGCUCGGACUGGGCAUGGGUAUGAGCGCUUUGCGGCACUGUCGGCGUCGAAAGGCUCGGACCGUGUUCAGUGAUCCCCAGCUGACCGGGCUGGAGAAACGGUUCGAAGCUCAGAGAUACUUAUCGACACCUGAACGUGUGGAAUUGGCCUCGGCAUUGGGUCUCAGUGAGACCCAGGUCAAAACCUGGUUCCAAAAUCGUCGGAUGAAACACAAAAAGCAACUGCGACGACGAGAGGUCAGCAAUACUGAACCGGUGGACUUUUCACGCAAUGAAUCCACCGGCGGGUCCGGCACUACUACUUCAGGGCCAAACAACACUGGAACUGGAACUUCCAUCCAAACCCAUUCGACGGCCGGUGGUUCAACGGCGAAUCGGCUCAACAGCGUCGCUGGUGCUUCUGGAACGGAGAAAAAUGCAUUCUCAAUGUACAGCAACAGUGGCCAAAAGCAGUCAAAUGGCGCCAAACCCAUUGGCGGACCGAUGGCCCUUGGGCCGCCGAUGGGUGGAAUUCUCAAAGGAUUACAUCACAGUUCGACGAAUUCCUCAUUCAGCUUGGUUCGGCGAACAAUGCUGGAUCAAACCGGAGAUGCUCUUAGUGAUGAUGACGACGAGUAUGUAAAUGAUUCUGACGACGAUUGUAGUGAUGUGGACAUUUUAGGUGAUGAAAAGGGCUACAUGACGUAGGUGGAGUCAAUUCUUGUCAGUUUUAAAACGUAGGAAAUCUAGUCAUCCGCUGUAAGCAAGAUUCGAUACACUUUGCUGUGCGACGAAAAACCAAUCUGUACAAAAUUAGUUGUUCCCAGUGUAACACAUUUAAUCUGCACUAAUUUACCAGUGAAACAUUCUGUACAUAAACUCGAUUCAUAAUUCUAAAAUAAACCUGUAACUAGAACCAAUGAACACUAAUUAUAUCUGGUAUAGCGUUGUAAUUUGCAACCACAAAAGCGGAUAA